ACACUAGCGAGCUAGCCAACAGCCUGCCUGGCUAGCUCUCACACGCAACGUAGCUCACUGAAAUAGGCAGCAAUGCAUAUCCAUUCUAUAAAUGUCAUGAGAGUGACCUCAGGAGUUGACAGUCAAUAAACGGUAUCUUUCGUUUAGGAGAGAACGUUUUUGCACUACACAGGAAAGAAGUCGUCAGCGAACGGAGCAGAAGGUUGUCUUCCUUCUGUGAAAAGUGGCUAAUCUUAGCUAGGCACCCUUAGCACCGGAGUCUCUUGCGUCUCCUCUUGCCACGGAGAAGAGCGGCGGGAGGCUGUAGAUAUGUGGAUGUGGGUUAGCUGACUGCAUAGCUCGCCUAAUGUCAUUGGAUGAGUUGUAGCGUCGUUUUACAGCUGGUACAUGUGCUCCCGUCACAGCUCUGAAACAAUACAGGCACAGUGGAACUGAGAAAAUCAGCCAGACGUCACCACCAUGUUGGAGGAGGACAUGGAAGUGGCCAUCAAAGUGGUCGUGGUUGGCAAUGGAGCUGUCGGCAAGUCCAGUAUGAUCCAACGUUACUGCAAGGGCAUUUUCACUAAAGACUACAAAAAGACAAUUGGAGUGGACUUCCUGGAAAGGCAGAUACUUGUAAAUGAUGAAGAUGUCCGACUAAUGCUUUGGGACACUGCUGGGCAGGAGGAGUUUGAUGCCAUCACUAAGGCCUAUUACCGCGGUGCGCAGGCAUGUGUUCUUGUCUUCUCCACUACAGACCGGGACUCGUUUCAGGCUAUUGACAGCUGGAAGGAGAAGGUGGAAGCAGAAGUUGGAGAUAUUCCCACAGUUCUUGUGCAAAACAAAAUUGACCUCCUGGAAGAGACUGUUAUAAAAAAUGAGGAGGCAGAAGCAUUGGCUAAGAGACUUAAGCUAAGAUUUUAUCGCGCUUCAGUGAAAGAGGACCUAAAUGUGAAUGAGGUUUUUAAGUAUUUAGCUGAGAAGUAUCUACAGCGACUCAAACAGCAAACAGCAGAGGAGACAGAGGUGGUCCACACAACAAGCAAUAAAAUAGGUGUUUUUAAUACAACAAGUAGUAAUGUCUGCAACCAGAGCUCCAGCAACGGCAGAGAAGUCAUCACUUUGCGUCCUAACAAGCAAAGAACCAAGAAGACUAAAAAUCCCUUUGGAAGCUGCAGCCUCCUCUAGAGAAAAUCAUUUCAUUUUACUGACCGACAGUUAUUUCUGACACUAGAUUGGUCGUUAUUGUAAGCUGUUGAGGUAGCCACAGUUAGUGACCAAAGCUCACAUAGACUGGGAAACACUACACUAUAUUACUUUAUUAACCUAGUGUUCAUCUUCCUCGUCCCAUGUUGAUAGGUGUAUUGCUGUCUCGGAUAUUCAUCAGCGAUCUGGGCACAAAACCUAACCUUUGUACACACUUGGAUCCUCCUAAUGGUUGCCUUAAGAAACAACUGCAGCUACAGUAUGUUGUGUUAUUAAUUUAAUGAUGCCCAAAACAACUGAAGUUCUAGCUGUUGGCGCAGGUGGAUUUUCCCCCUUAUGGCCGAGGCUUUUGCUCUUUUUUUCUUUUCUUUUUUUUUUCACUCUUUUUUUUUGUUUGUUUGUUUUAAUGAAACUUGACAUACCGACUCUCAUCAAAGUAUGUAACAGCAAAAGUUGCACUCCAUGGAGACUUUUCCUUCUGUACGUGGUUAUUCUGUUUAACAUUUCAGCUGUGCAAUACAUUUGCAUGUAUUAUAAAAGAUAAGCAGAUUAUUUUAUUCCAUAUUUUUCUAACUGUUAAACAGAUAAUGGUUCAAACUAUAUUCUUCGUCCUGAUUGAACGCUGAGUUAAAUCUCUGUGCGUGAAGUAUUUUUGUACGAAGCACAAUAGCUUUGACUGAUCUUAUGUGCCAAAUUUUCUCUUUCUGAGCUGUGGUUAAACAUGUGCUCUCAUAGAUAUACGUAUGUAACCAAUGACACAAAAAUAGUCCUUUAUCUGUCUGCUUACACUUGUUAACCAAAUUAUUUUAGACAUAAAACACGAUUUACACUAAAAAAAAUCUCUGUUAUUUCAAUCAUAGUACCUCAAGUUACAACCAAUUGUCAGUUACAAUACAAUACUAUGCUUUUGAUUGCAGUUGUUUACAUUGUUUUGUUUAUUUUGGUAUAGCUUUGACAUAUAUAUUCAGAGUACAAUAAACACAGUACAGAAUUCUCCUAUUAGUUUUUUGACCUGGAUUGUGAAGAACCUUCUACAGACUAUAAAAAAGGAGCUGUAUUGGGGCCAGAAAGUGAAAAGAAAAAUGAAAGCUCACUGCUCAGUAGGUACUGUACCUGUGGUGUGGAGUUUAGGGUGGGAUGUAAACUAAUGCUCUCAGAAGGUGUUACAAAAAGUUGGCAAUCAAGAGGGGAUGUUUUGCUAUUGAAACGCUUACGUGUGUCUGAUUAUGCAAGAAAAUUACAUUUCUUUCUAACUAAAUGAGAGUACUCCCAGAAACAAAUCUCCCAAACUAAUCCUUAGUUUUCAAUACAGCUAGCUGUGAAAUGUGUAAUGUAUUCACCUUUCCUUCUGUUUUUCAGAACUCAUUAUUGGGUUACACAGGUUUACCAAGCACAACAAAAUAUUUAGUAAUAUAGAAAAGUCUUAGAUUAAACCUCCUGUCUUGAAUGAACAUCUCCUUAGUAGUUUCAGUUGUAGCUAUCUAAUGGAAUUAUAAUACAUAGGUCAUCUGGGAAUACAUGUGCAUGCAUGCUUUACUCUUAAAAGAAAAAAAGAUUUCAGAUCUGUGUUCAGAUUUUUUUCUAUUGUGAAAAUACCAAAAGGUGCUUAAAAUGUGUUCUACAGUUACACCAUUGGUACUAAGAUUGUGUCACAUUUCAAAGUUUCCCAUUAUUUUUUUUUUUUUUUGUAAACUGUGCUGUUUUGAAGACAAGCAAAGUGGCAUAACUAUAAUGCAUGCAGGCCUUUUUUCCCUCCCAUAUCAGUGAAUGUUUAAUCAUUACAAUGCCUUGUCAAUGUUUACAUUCUUCAGAGUACACAUUUUAAUCCAUCCUUUUGCUGUUUUUUUUUUUUAAUUGCCUUCACAGUAGAUCUGUAAGUAAUGUUUUUCUCAAGCUUGUGCUAGUUUGUGUUUACUUUGUCUUUUGACUGACUUGAUUCACUGCACUUUAUCAUUAAGAUGGCGUAUAAUUUUAAAGAAUCAGCAGUUAAAACUAACCAUACUUAAGUGCUGUCACUCAGGUGUAAUCUUUGUCUUAAUUUUACUUUUACUUUUUCUCACAUGACUUCAUGAGCAGAUUCACACCUUUAGAAAGACAAACCAACUUGUGUUGGCUUUCAGCCUGAGAAAAACGACACGACUUGCAGUUUUGUUGUGUCACACCCUGGAGUGUGCCACACAACUGUGUGUCUGUUGUUUUGUUUGCGAGGCAGUGUUUGGUGGCAAUCUGAUAUGAAUAAAAAUUUUCUUGAGCAUC